GGGCGGGGCUAAUGUGAGGGCGGGGCUUACCGGGACUGGCUUCCCUUGAGGGGCGGGGCUAGCAGAAGAGGGGGCGUGGCGUACUCAGUGAGGGGCGUGGCCUACAGCUGAUAGGCUGGUGAGCCGAGCGGGCGGGGCUUGGAGAGGGGGCGGGGCGCGCUGCCGCUGGUUCCGGGGGGGGUGGUGCCGGCACCUGUCCGUCAGGGUCCGGCGUCCUGCCAUUGGCUCUCCACCUCCUUAGCUCCGCCCUCCGCCCCGGCAGCGGCGGGAAGGGGCGGGCCCGGUGCCGGUGCCCCGCGUUCAGUCCGGCCGAGCCCCCGCUCCCUCCAUGCCGCCCACCGUGGCCGUCGUGGGGGGCGGUAUCAGCGGCCUGGCCGCCUGCUACCACCUGGCCCGCAGCCCCCGCCCGCCCAAGGUGCUGCUGCUGGAGGCCGGCGCCCGCUUCGGGGGGUGGCUGCAGAGCACCCGCGCCCCCGACGGGGCCGUGUUCGAGCACGGGCCGCGGGGCAUCCGCCCCGGGGGGGCGGCGGGCACCGACACCCUGCACAUGGUCUCUGAGCUCGGCCUGGAGGGUGACAUCCUUCCCGUCCCCGGGGACCACCCGGCUUCCAGGAAUCGCUUCCUCUAUGUCAGGGGGGCCCUGCACAAACUGCCAUCGGGCUUGGGGGCCUUGCUGCGGCCGGUGUCCCCCUUCUCGCAGGCGCUGCUGUGGAGCGGGGUGCGGGACCUGCUGGCACCGGCCGGGACGGAGCCCGACGAGAGCGUCCACGCCUUCGUUCAUCGCCGUUUCGGCCGGGAGGUGGCCGACAUCGCCGUGGACAGUUUGUGCCGGGGGGUUUUCGCCGGGGAUUGUCGGGCGCUGAGUAUCCGUUCCUGCUUCCCCGCGCUUUUCCAAGCGGAACGGCGACGGCGCUCCGUCCUGCUGGGGAUGGCGCUGGGCUCCGGGAAGGAGCGCGGGGCCGAGUCGGGGCUGAGCCGCCGGGCGCGGGCCGAGCGCUGGAGCCAGUGGUCGCUGCGGGGGGGGAUGCAGACCCUGCCCGAGGCUUUGGUGGCGUUUCUGCGCCCCCGCGGCGUCGAGCUGCGGUGCCACGCGCCCCUGCGCCGCCUGCGCCCACGGCCCGACGGCCGAUGGCAGCUCACCCUACCCGACGGCACCCUGACGGCUGACCACGUCAUCAGCGCCCUCCCAGCCGCAGCCCUGGCUGAGGUGCUGCCGGAGGAGGCCGAGCCGCUGGCGCGGGAGCUGCGCCGCAUCCCGGCCGUGUCGGUGGCCGUGGUGAACCUGCAGUACCAGGGCGUCACGUUGCCCGUCACGGGUUUCGGGCACUUGGUGCCCUCCUCCGAGGACGCUUCCCUCCUGGGCAUCGUCUACGACUCGGUGGCCUUCCCCGAGCACGACGGCACGGGAGCCGGCUCCGUGCGGCUGACGGUGAUGCUGGGAGGCGCCUGGUUCGGGCAGAGCUUCGGGGACCCGGCCUCGGCGUCACCGUCGCUGUUGCUGCAGCGGGCGCAGGCGGCCGCGCGCGACCAGCUGGGCCUGGAGCCCCCCCCGACACGCUCCAUCCUCAGGGUGCACCAGGCCUGCAUCCCCCAGUACACGCUGGGCCACUGGCAGCGCACAGAGCGCAUCGGCCGGUUCCUGGCGGAGCGGCGCCUGCCCCUCAGCCUCAUCGGAGCCUCCUACGCCGGCGUCUCCGUCAACGACUGCAUCGCCAGCGCCAAAGCGGCCGUGGGGCAGCUGCUGGGGGGGCUGCGCUGAGCCCCAGCGUCCCCCCCCCCGUGGCAGUAGGACAAAGUGUUGGUUGUUUUUUUUUUUUUUUUUUAAUUGAAAAACCCUUAUAAAGGUCCAGGGAGCGGCUCAUAAAUAGAAUAAAUAACCGUGUGCCGGC